AUGAGGAUCCCCGAACCAGAGAAUUUUGAAGGGCACUCUUACGCCCCCGUCUCGCAAGAACGAGAGCUCCUGAAAUCCACUCUCUCCGAACUCGAAAGCAGCUCCAUUCAAAUCCCCUCCAUAAUCAACGGCAAAAGAUUCUUCCAAGGUCCCCAAUCCUCCCAAACCAACCCCUGGAACCACGCCGGUCCUCCAGUAGCCACCUACCACGAAGUCGACCAAGAAACAAUCGCGUCCAAAGCCAUCCCUGGCGCUCUCGCCGCUCGCCAGAAAUGGGCCAACACGCCCUUCCACCACCGCGCAGCGAUCUACAAGCGCGCCGCGAAACUCGUCGAAACCAAGUAUAGAUGGCAACUCAUGGCCGCGACGAUGCUCGGCCAAGGCAAAACCUGCGGACAAGCCGAAGGCGACUGCGUCGCCGAAGUGAUCGACACGCUGAACUUCCACGUCUACUUCUGCGAUCAGAUGUACCAACAGCAACCGCAAAAGCAAUCUGAUGCAGCGUAUAACAAGCUCGACUAUCGACCUCUGGAGGGCUUCGUGCUCGCAAUCUCACCGUUCAAUUUCACGGCUCUGGGCGCGCAUAUUGCGUUUACCCCGGCGCUGCUUGGGAAUGUUGUGUUGUGGAAGCCUUCGCCGAUGGCUGCGUUGGCGAAUUAUAUCCUUUACCUGGUUAUGGAAGAGGCUGAACUGCCGCCGGGGAUGGUUCAGUUCCUGCCGGUAUCGGAUCCGGCUACUGUCGUGGAGCCUGCGCUGGCGAGUCGAGAUUUCUCUGGGUUGCACUACACGGGGUCUUCUGCUGUGCUUCGAAGUCUGUGGGCUCGAAUUGGGACGAACUCGCAUGUUUACAAAACGUUUCCACGUAUAGUCGGCGAGAGUGGUGGGAAGAACUUCCAUCUCGUGCAUAACUCGUGUGCUGAAGAUGUUGACUGGAUUGCUUCGGCGGCCGUUCGCUCAGCGUUCGAAUUCCAGGGGCAAAAGUGCAGCGCCAUGUCUUUGCUCUUCGUGCCACAAUCGAUGUGGACUCGUGGAUAUUUGAAAAAAGCGAUCCUCAGAGAACCAGCGAAAUUCACACAUGGCGACAAUGUCAAGCAGCUACACCACCCGCUCGGACCGAUCGUGUCGAAAGCCGCGCUUGAAAGAUUCCGCUCGGCCGUCGCCAGCGCUCAGCAGGAAGGCCACGCUCUCCUCUUCGGCGGCAAGAUCGACGAUGCGAAAGGCUUCUUCGUCCAACCCGCCAUCUUCGAAAUCAAACACAGCCAGGAAAACCUGCAAUCGGACUUGAUAACAAAAGAGCUCUUCGGGCCCCUCUUCUCCAUACAGACAUACGACGACUCGUUCCCAGAAGGAUUCGAAAACGUCUGCAAGCAAAUCGAUACCCUCUCAGAAUACGGCCUCGCAGGAUCCAUUUUCGCCAGAGACAGAGAGGCAGUGCAGACUGCGGACUUGCUUCUGAGAGAUUCCGUCGGCAUGUUCUGCAUCAACGACAAAUGCACCGGAGCCGUCAUUGGGGCGCAUACGUUCGGCGGAGCGAGAUCGAGCGGGACGAACGAUAAAGCCAACUCCGCGAAUGUGCUGCUCAGGUUUUCGAGCAUUCGGUGUGUCAAGGAUUCCGCCACAGUCGGCACUCACGCCUCUCAGGAACGGCUCCAAGAUGAACUCAACAGCAAUACCUCUACCCCAAAAGUCGAAAUCCUCCCCUCCCAACAAAACGUCCAGGCCAUCCAAACCGCCGACGUCGUGAUCCUCGCCAUCAAACCCAUAAAACGAGAAGCCGUCUUCUCCGCCCCAGGACUCCGCGAAUCGAUGCGCGGCAAACUAAUCAUAAGCAUCAUGGCAGGCAUCACAACUGCGGAAAUCAAACGUCUAGCAGGGUCACAAGACGACGGAAGCAGUCCAUUGCAAGUCGUCCGCGUGAUGCCCAAUAUGGCCGCUACGAUCCGCGAAGCUGUGUCGCUUUGUACGGCCGAUUUUUCCACGCUCACGGAGCGGAAUCUGCAUAUCGCGACGUGGAUUUUCGAGCAGGUCGGCCGGGUGCAGUUCGUCGCGGAGAGCACAUUCGAUAUUUCCGCCGUGCUGGUAGGAUGUGCGGGUUCUUUGCUCUUGCUGGCCAUCGACGGGCUUCUCGACGCUGCCGUGGCGGAGGGGAUCAAACGACCUGAAGCCCAGGAGUUCGUUGUGGAUAGUGCGAUUGGGAUGUUGAAGUUGGUGCCGGCGGGCAAUCACCCGAGCGCGUUGAGGGAGAGGAUUGCGUCGCCGGGGGGUUGUUCGAUACGGGCGUUCUUCGAGCUCGAGAAGAGGGGGGUGAGGUCGGCGUUUACGGAUGCUAUUAUGGUUGCGGCGGAGAGGUCGAGGGGGAUGUCGAAGUCAUAG